AUGAAUUUUCGUUUGAUAUUAUUUUAUCUAAUAUCAUUCACUCUUCACUGUACGAAUUCCGUUAAUUUAAAUACCGGUUUUACUGAUGCAUUAACACUUGAAGAAUAUGAAGAUGAUGUUGAAUUAAUUAAAAUCCGUUUUGAUACGACAAGACCGUGCCGAUUUUUUUCCGAUGAACGGUAUCCAAAAGUAGAAAAAGGUCUAGCUAAUUGUUCAUGGUAUGAAGAUGAUGCAUGUUGUAAACGAACAGAAGUAGCAAGUGUUUUCGAGUCUAUGUUCACUUUACAUCAAGCUUCAGCACAAUGUCGAAAUAUGAUGAAUUAUCUCAUGUGUUUCUUUUGUGCACCUGAUCAAUAUUUAUGGUACAUAAAAAAACGCGUUAAAAUUUGUCAAACGUUUUGUGAUGAAUUAUAUAAAAAUUGUAAAACCGCUGAAUUCAGUGGAAAUGUUAUUGGUACACUCUAUAAAUCAGGUUUACAAUUUUGUGAGGCAAAUAAUUUCAAUAUGGUUACAAGUGAUUGUUUUAAAUUCGAUGAGAAUGUUUUUUCAUCAGCAUCAAAAUUAUUUCAAUCAACGAUUUCCAUCUUUAGUCUUUUCCAUUUGUGUCUAGUCAUAGCAUUUGUAGUUAUAGUAAUAAAUUUAUUUUGA